AUGGGAGGAGAAGUUGUUUUGUUCAUUGAUGAUUUGAAACCAAUUUCUGGAUUUUCUCGUUGUAGAAUAUGUCAUGAAGAAGAAUUUGAAAGCUUCAAAACCUUAGAAGCUCCUUGUGCUUGUUCUGGAACUGUUAAGUUUGCUCAUAGAGAUUGCAUUCAAACAUGGUGCAAUGAGAAAGGAAACACAACUUGUGAAAUUUGCUUACAACAAUAUCAACCUGGAUAUACAGAACCACCACCAAAGAAAUGUAAAAAAUCUAAUGAAGUAAUGACCAUUAGAUAUAGCCUUGAGAUAUCAAGGAGAGAAGAAGAAGCAUUAAACAGAAGAAUAGUUGAAUAUGAAGGUGUGAGAAGAGAAAACAAUUACGUUGAAUGCGCUUAUGCUGCUGAUAGAAGCGCGUUUUGUUGUCGAUCACUGGCUUUAGCUUUUACUCUCAUAUUACUUCUAAGACAUCUUUUUGCUUUGCUUACAAGUGGAAUGGAAGAUUACCCAUUUACAAUUCUUACAAUUUUUAUACUAAGGGCCAGUGGAAUUAUUAUACCUAUGUUUAUAAUUAUUAGGACUAUGGGAGCCAUUCACAAAAGUAUCCAGCGUCAUUAUCAUCAUCAGGAUUCUGAUGAUGACUCAUCAAUGUCUGAUGCAGAUGAUGAAGAAAAUGGGACACCACAUAUUGCAAUUUUAAGACAUUCACAUUAUUAA